GUAUGAAGAAAGUUCUAAGAAGAAUCAAAUCAGAAUGGUCACUCUUUUUGGGCAGCAGGUGUAUACCGCGAAAGGUGAAAACUUUGUUUCGGAUAUUGAGCAGGUGAAUAGAAACUGCCUUAAUCCACUGAUGAAAGAUUGUGAUCUUCAACUUCCUGAAAAUCAUGAAAGCGUCGAAUGCCGAGAAUUCCACAGCAUUGGUUGUUCCCAAGAUACCAUUUGUAUUGAACCAUAUGGCACAAAUAUGUUUGGCAAGAAAAGUGAGAAAGUGAAUAUCUCAGAUGGAUCAGGUUUGCUGGAUCUUAAUAAAAGCCCGGCUUAUGAGCCGGUUUCCAAUGACUAUCAAUGCGGUUUAAAUGGUGUCCAUGAAAAAGAUUGUGCAGCAUCUCCAGCUUCAUGUUGCACCGCAGAAAACAAUUCAAAGAUUGAAGGUGGAGAUUCAUGUGAAGUAAUUCAAAUGGCAGCUGAAUGUUUAGUCCACAUUUCAGCGGUUACUCUCAAUCAAAGUCAGGAUCAAGAAUUUCUAAAUAAUUACAAGAUGGGUGUCCAAGAACCGGGUCGAUCUUGCGAUUCAUUUGAGCUACACACUUUAGGAAUAAGAGAAACUAUAAUCCCUGAAGAGCUCUGUUGUGUAUCAUCAAAGGCCAUAGAUAACUUCAGUAACAAGAAAGAGUUUGGAGUCAAGCUUAGAAGAGGGAGGAGAAUGAAGAAUUUCCAAAAAGAGAUACUCCCGGAACUUGUAUCGCUCUCUAGACAUGAGAUUCGAGAAGAUAUAAACCUCUUAGAGACUAUUUUGAGAUCGAGAGAUUACAAGAAGAUGCAGGGGAAGAAGGCUAAAGAUGGAAAAUGCAGACCAAAUCAGAGAAAGAACAAAGGUUUGACUCUUAGGUAAAAUGAGGAGACAAUCCGGAUGACGAAAUUCCCGGUGUUUGCGGUUUUAUAGACAUUGCUCUAGCUCCAUUGGUUUAGCUUUAACACAUAGCAGUUAUCAAAAUGAUUGAUUGAAAUUAGAGGAACUUUUGGUCUAU